AUGUCAACUGAGCAUCCGUCGGUGGUUUUCGUCAAGAUUGAUGUUGAUGAAACCGAAGAUGUCGUCUCACGUUUCGAUAUCAAAGUAAUGCCCACAUUCAUUUUUAUGCGCAACGGAGCACAAAUUGACAUCGUCGAAGGCAGUCUUGAGGACGAUCUGCGUCGAAAAAUCGAACAACACAAGUGA